AAAUUAAUCAAAUUGAAUAUUAUAGUAAUAACAAAAGAGUAAAAGCCAAAAAUGCAAAGGUAAUUUAACCCAAUCAAAAAUUCAAAAAUAGUUUGCACAACCAGACUUGACUCUUUCGUCACAACCAGACUUGACUCUUUUCGGCUUGCCAUAUUCUGUCUACGGUGACCGUGUUAGCAGUGUGCAAUUGUGAACGAGCGCAGGGAACAGUGGUCAGCGCCACACAUGCUUGUCUGUUUCCACCUGAGGUGUGCAACUGGAGUAAAAGACAUCUGUUAUGGAUUCGCUUUGAUUUGUUGAUAGCCUUUUUUACUCGAGCCUUUAACCUGCGACGAUGAAGUCAAAGCCGUCUGUCUUCAGCCUCAAACAGCAGCCUGACUGGCUCACAUAUCUGCUGGGCUCAGCCAAGAAACUGAACAUCAACUAUCAAGACUUAGAUGGCUUCUCAGCACUCCAUCAUGCUGCUAUGACUGGCACCGCAGAGCUGCUGUCUUUUUUGCUGGAGGCCCAGGCCACAGUGGAUAUCAGGGACACCAAUGGCAUGUGUCCUAUCCACUAUGCUGCAUGGCAAGGAAAACCUGACUCUGUCUUAUUGUUGCUGAGAGCUGGAGCUUCAGUAAACACACCUUCCCAUGAUGGACAGCUUCCAUUGCAUCUUUCUGCUCAAUAUGGAUAUUAUGAAGUGUCUGAGAUGUUGCUGGAGCACAAGUCUAAUCCGGGCCUGACAAACGAUGCCAAAAGGACUCCUCUCGAUCUGGCCUGUGAGUUUGGAAGGUUGAAGGUGGCUCAGUUGCUGCUUAGAAGUAAUAUGGUGGCAGCAGGGGUAGGACGGCACAGCAUCAUGGACCCCCCUUCAACCACGCCCCUCCAUCUAGCAGCUAGAAAUGGACACAAAGACAUCAUCAGGUUGCUGUUGAAUUCUGGUUUUGACAUCAACUGCGCCACCAAAGCAGGAACAGCUCUGCAUGAAGCUGCUCUCUAUGGAAAGAUGGAAGUUGUGCGCCAGCUGCUCAAUGCAGGUGUCAAUGUGAACCUGCGCAACACUUACAAUCAAACAGCUCUAGACAUUGUCAACCAGUUUACCACCUCAACAGCCAGCAAGGAAAUCAAACAGCUGCUAAGAGAGGCAUCAACUUCUCUCCAGGUCCGGGCAAGAAAGGACUACUGGAAUGCCCUCGACCCGGCAGCCCUCACCCUUCUAACUGGAGAAGUCAUUAUGUUCCAGGGGGAACACUCAGACGGCCGAUGGAAAGGUCACAUCCAUGACACUGAGCGGGGGACAGAGCGGUUUGGCUUCCUCCCAACUUCAGUGCUAGAAGUCCUCGGUGACAGUUACAGUGUUGGUAGCAGUCGAAGCGCUGGCAGCGGACAAAGCUCUGAACGCAACCACAGACACAAUGAGCCUACCAGUCGACACAAUGCUGACUCUGGCAAGGUGGCAUCCCCCGAUAGUGAACCAGAAGAUAGUCUCCAUGAUGGAGCAGGAGCAAACCAUAACAAAAAAGGCAAUUCUCAUUUGCAGCUUCUGGAGGAUAAGGACUCUGAGGCUGUUUACCAGUGGCUCUAUGAAUUCCAGUUGGAGCAGUACGCAUCCAAUUUUAUCAACGCAGGAUAUGAUGUACCUACAAUUAGCAGAAUGACCCCUGAGGACCUGACAGCCAUCGGUUUGACCAAACCUGGCCACAGAAAAAAGAUCUCCCUAGAGAUUGGCAAGCUGAGCAUUCCUGAGUGGCUGCCUGAUUGCAUUCCUACAGAUCUGGGGGAGUGGCUAUGUGGGAUCGGCCUCCCUCAGUAUCAAAGGACAUUAUGUCACAGUGGCUAUGACUCUAUUGAUAUUGUCAGAGACAUUACCUGGGAGGACCUCCAGGAGAUAGGCAUCACCAAACUAGGCCAUCAGAAGAAGCUGAUGUUAGCAGUGAAGAGACUUUGUGACCUGCAGCGCUCUCGUAACACUGUCAGAACUGAAGGGGACACUCUAAGACAGAAGCCUUCUGCUACUCUGGAGCUCAUGUCCAUUGAACACACACCAACACACAAAGUGCAUGCUCAUACAUCUCCUGACGUCCAGUCUGACGAGUGUUGCACCCCUGGCACCCCACAGGCCCUUCUCUCCUUCCAGGAAAGCAAGCUGAGUGUUGAGCUGCAGAGUGCUAUAAUGGGCAGGGCAGGAGCUGCAGAGUCAUUUGGCAUAAGGUGUGUCACCUCUGCAGCAAUGGCAGUCAGUCAGGAAAGCAUUAGUAUGCAAUCCAGCUUAGGGAAUUCCGGAACUUCUAAUUCAGGAUACUCUCAGAAACAUCUACCCAAACUGUGUUUAGCCAGGUCAUUCAGCCAAUCUGGAAAAGAGGAACGUCUGGGGGGUGAAGGAAGAGAGGAGGAGAAUGUGGGGCCUGGAGGAUGCACUCCUAGAGGCAGAAGUAGACAGAGAACUUUGGAAAUGUGGGAACAACAGGGUCGACCUCCAAACAAAACCCCCUUCUCCCCCUUUACUCCUCCAAUAACUUCUAGCAAAACACCCCGUCGUCCCUACCCAGCUGUCCCACCUAAGACUAAACACUAUCAGCUGGCACACAACCCAGCCUCCUCCCAGUCCCCUACAUCUUACCAGCUCUCACAAACACAACAGGUGUCUAGUUACAUCCAUGCUGAGCCAGCAGCUGCAAAUGUAGCUCAGCGGGUGCUUUUCAAAUGUAACCCUGAAGCCAUCCCACUGCUGGGACCCAGAUCCAGACAGGCCAGAGACACUGACAUACAGGGCCUGCACAAGAAGCGCUCCCAAAACCCGACUCGUUACGCCAUGUCUGGUAGUAAGCAAGAUGAAAACAAAACUAUAGUUUUCCCCUGUGCUGCAGCUUCCUCUGAAGCCAUGCCCUCCUAUGCCACCCUGUUGGGACAUGGGCAUGCCAGCACUACAGAAGCUCAGCUUCACAUUGACCGUAGCCAAUCAUUUGCUGUACGCUUGACACACAAGGACCCACCACCACCACCACCACCUAAAAGGAUGAGCUCAGUGAGCAGAAGCCCGACCCAACAGCUAACAAAUAGGAAAAGGACAGAACCAGAGGUAAAGGAAGGGGUGGAGUCAGAGAGUGCAGGGAGUAUGAGGAGCAUUGCAGCCAAACUAGAGGGAGGCAACAGCAGUCCGUCCCGCAGGAUAGAUAUUCCAUCAACCCUUGUUUCUGUUUCUCUAGCUUUGAACUCUGCUAGAUCAUCAGUUCCACAUGGAAUUUCUUCCCACAUCACCCACACUAGACCUGUCCCAACUCUAGGUUUAGCAGGUCUGAGGAGAACCGGAAGUGAGAGAAUAGAGAGAGACCCUAACAAGCAAAGAGAUGGAAGCCUAGCUGAGGCAUCCGAGGGGAAAGAGAAAGGUGAACGAAUAUCAAAAAGUGCUUCUGCUUCUCCAAAGCACAGCUUUGGUGACCAUUUGCUUUUUGCAGAGGAGGGAAACCUCACCAUCAAACAGCGACAAAGGAUAGCAGUUGGCCCUCAGGCAGCAGCUCAUGAGGUUACCCCCCAAACCACCAACAGUGUUGAGCUCACAGGGUUUUACCUGAAAGAGUCUGACACAGUCAAAAGACAACACAAGCACAAAGAGCCUUCUGUCCCGGGAACACCUGACCAACAUGCACAAUCAACAAGCCACAGUUCGGACACACACAUUAAUGUCAGUACACUGAGUAAUGACCAACCUCAGCAAUAUAUCUUCUAUAGAGUGGGCUCAGUGGGAAAAGGUCCAAAGCCUCCAGUGUCCUCACAACCUUGCAGUCCUCUAAGGCCACUUGUUGGCACCAACCCAGUCCCCCCUCACAAAACAGCUUCUUCAUUACAAGCUAUUCCUAAAGUGACCAGUGUACAGAUUCACACAGGUUCACCAAAGCUGGGAGGGAGCAAACACACCCUAGCAGAUCAGCCUAGUCCACAACCUGUCAACUGCCCACUGACAAUGUUGUCCAAGCCUGAGACCCCCCACAAAGCUGUAUCUGUAUGUCUGCUCCCUCAGUCUAGUACCACAUCUUCGACAGCAACAGGAGCAUCCCAGGCUGUUGUGGCUGGUCUGGAGCUGCUGGCUCAGAAAAGGCUGGAGCAUACCAGCACGUCAUUAGACGCAGCUCUCCGAGUGGUGGAAACCAAACUGGCCUGGGGGAACAGUGUGGACAAUUGCAGCAUAACAGUGAAGCCAGCAGGAAAUAUUCUAGACGACAUCAGCAACAUGUUUGAUGACCUGGCUGACCAGCUGGAUGCCAUGUUGGACUGACAGGAAUCACUGUUGGACAGAAAACUAAGACUGCAAAUUGUGAGAUGGCUUAGGAGGUAAAGCAGCCAGCAAAUCACUCUUUGACCAUCAGUCAUAGGUUCUGUGGUUCGACCCCUGAGUUGCCCUGUGUCAAAGCAGUUGAGUACCAAUAAGGUGAAACGCAUUAAACAAGUAGUAACCAUGAUUGUGAUCAGCAUGUUAGCAUUAAAGGGAGCAAGCAUUCAUGUUCUUGUUGGCAGAAAUUGUACAUUUGAGUAGUUUGAUAUUUAUUAUUUUCUGCUUAUUUUUAAGCAAAUUCAUUUGUUAUUGACUCUUGUGAUGUUCCUGUCAUUACAUUUAUAUUGUCUUGUUGUAUAUAGGUUUAUUGGAUAUGUAAUCAAAAGCAGCUGUUUAUUUGUUACUAAACUGUGUCAGAGGGUUGCGGCCGCUACUGUGUGAAGCCAUUUGACUGCAGUUGCUUCUUUCAAAGAACAGCUGCUACGACUAUGAAACAUUUGAUUAAAAGCUUGUAGUAAAGUAAACUUUAGCGUAAUUAUUUAAACCUUCUCCAGAAGAGUCAUCUUUAUACUAUACAUUUGUACUGUGGCAACUGAGCAUUUUGACUCUUAAAUUUGCCAACAGCUUCAUUAAAUUAAUUUAAAAAGUGAAAGAUAAUUUAGGGGUAAAUAUAAACUAUACCUAUGCCUCAGAAGUGUAUUUUACCUCAGCAAUGUGUAGGUUUAACUUGAACUCACAACAGAGGACAGUCAGGGAUUUUCUAUUAUUACCCACAGUACUUUACAGCAAAAAGGAUCUGGGUAUGAGUGUGGAGUUUGCAUGCUCUCCUUGUGACAGUGUGGCUUAUCUCCAGGUACUCUGGCUUUCUUCCACAGUCCAAAGACAAGUCAAGUUAUUUAGAGACUCUAAAUCAAUAUGUUGACUGGAAAUGGAAUGGCUAAAUGUGGGAAAUAUGUAUGUAUACAUCACAUGCUACCUACAAUGAUCUGUCAUGUGCAUUGUUUGAACUUUAAAAACCUGUAAAACAUUCAGAGGUU